AGGAGGUUCCAACCAAGAUACGAAAUAAUUAUAAAUAUUGGCCACAUUUCAAGGAUUGUAUUGGUGCCAUUGACGGAACUCAUAUUCCAUGUGUUGUUUCGGAGGAGGAUAAAAUCCCUUACAUAGGGCGCAAAGGUAUCCCUACACAAAAUGUGUUAGCAAUUUGUGACUUUGACAUGUUAUUACAUAUUUUGUUGCUAGAUGGCCGGGAUCUGUUCAUGAUAAUCGAAUCAUAAAGGAUGCAAUGGAAGACCCCAAGAAAUAUUUCCCUCAUCCACCCGAAGGAAAAUAUUACGUUGUUGACGCGGGUUAUCCGAAUAUGAAAGGAUUUUUGGCUCCUUUCAAAGGUGAACGAUACCAUGUUCCUGAUUUUCGUCAUUCAACACAACCUCCAAAUGGUUUAUAUGAAGUUUUUAAUUAUUCACAUUCGUCGUUGAGAAACGUUAUAGAGAGAACAUUUGGUGUCUGGAAAAAAAGAUGGAGGAUAUUAUCAAUUAUGCCCAGCUUUCCAUUGGAAACUCAAAAGAAACUUGUUGCAGCUACUAUGGCUAUGCAUAACUGUAUAAGAAGACACGCGCUUGAAGAUUGGGAAUUUGAUAAAUGUAAUGCAGAUCCUUAUUAUAUACCUGAAGUUGAAGGGGAUGUGGAUAUUGGAGGCAACCCGGUAACUACUCUUGAAGAACAUGAUGGAUCAAUGGAUGAUUUUAGUAUGGAGUCUAUUCGCUACAAUAUUGCAACUUCUCUAAUGAGUCGUUGAUUGUAACAUUAUUGGAUCUUUUAUUAGGAAUAAUUAUAUUAGACAUUAUGUUUGUAA